ACACCAUUUAACCUUGUUCAUUUUUGCAACUUCAUACUUCUCUCUUCACACCAAAAUCUCCACCUGCAUCAUGAGUUUCCCAAACAGAGAAGCAGAGGAGAGCCAGCAGGGAGCCGAUGAUAGGCAAUGGGAUUAUGAGUGCUAGCUUGACCGUGAACAUCAACAAAUGAUUGUGACGGCAGGAGCCUUCCUGUUCCAACAACAAGCAUCUUCAUCUCAUCAUCGUUCACACACUCAUAAAUUGGUGUUUCAUAACAGGGUAGAAGCACACCAACGCUUGAUGCAACAAUAUUUCGUCCCAAAUCCAACAUACGAUGCUAGGUUCUUCCGAAAAAGAUUCGGAUGCCCCUCUCCUUGUUCAACCGAGUCAAGACAGACAUCAUUCAACACGAUUCCUAUUUCCAACAAGGUCAAGAUGCCGCGGGUCGCCCCUCCUUCUCCCCUGAACAAAAGAUUACUACUUCCCUUCGGAUGCUUGCAAAUGGAUGCUCAGCCGACUCCAUAGAUGAGACCUUUGAUAUGGGCGAGACGACUGUACUGCACUGCAUGCGGAAAUUUUGUAAUGUCAUCAUCUGCAUCUAUGGUCCUGAGUACUUACGAGCACCAAAUGUGGAGGAUCUUUGUCACCUUCUUGAUCACAGCAAAAGGCGUGGCUUCCCGGGUAUGAUCGGCUCAAUCGACUGCAUGCACUGGCAGUGGAAAAAUUGUUCAAUGGCUUGACAAGGCCAAUAUACUGGAUACAAGGGGGAACCAACCAUUGUCCACGAAGCUGUAGCAUCAUAUGACAUGUGGAUUUGGCAUGCCUUCUUCGAAAAUGCUGAGUCAAACAACGACUUGAACACUCUUGGAGUCUCGCCACUUUUCCAUGAAGCAGUCAGACGAAAUCUUCCAAAAAGCCAGGUUUACAAUAAAUGGUACAAUUUAUG